CGUAAUUUCCAAAGACUUCUUUUUUGCGUUUAUUGACUUGACUCAGUACAUGUUCAAGAAAAAAAAAAAAAAAGAGAGACUUGACUUGGUACCUGGUACGGGUAGUGUUAUGAAAUUGUGAAGCAUACAAUAGAUGGUACAUUUGGGUCUCUGAACAGAGAGAAGUGAUCAACAAGAAAUGGGGAAGAAAUCAUCUUCAGCUAUACUCUCAAAUACUAAGAACAACAACAAAAUUCUUUGGAUUCGACCCAAUCGACUUGUUUUUUUCAUCUUUGGAUUUGUGUCGCUUACUUUCCUCCUUUUGGAUCGCCAAUCUCUCUCUCGAGAACACCAGGUACAAAUUUCAAAAUUAAAUGAAGAACUGAGAGCGUUAAACAGUGAGGUUGAGGAAUUAGAGACGCAAAUGAAGAAGAAUAAGGAGGAGGAGGAUCCAGUUAGUGUUGAAAGAAGAGAGAAAGUGAAAGAGGCAAUGGUUCAUGCUUGGUCUAGCUAUGAGAAAUACGCUUGGGGUCAUGAUGAACUCCAGCCACAAACACGGAAUGGUAUCGAUAGCUUUGGUGGACUUGGUGCAACCUUAAUAGAUUCUCUUGAUACAUUAUUCAUAAUGGGUCUUCAUGAACAGUUCCAAAAAGCUAGAGAGUGGGUUGCAAAUUCAUUGGAUUUUAACAAGAACUAUGAGGCUAGUGUCUUUGAGACAACCAUAAGAGUUGUAGGAGGGCUUCUUAGUGCCUAUGAUCUCUCUGGAGACAAAGUUUUUCUUGAAAAGGCUAGAGAUAUUGCAGAUAGGCUACUGCCUGCAUGGAGUACACCUUCAGGAAUUCCUUAUAACACAAUUAACUUAGCACAUGGAAAUGCACACAACCCUAGGUGGACAGGGGGAAACAGUAUCCUGGCAGAUUCCGGAACAGAGCAGCUUGAAUUUAUCGCUUUAUCUCAAAGGACAAAAGAUCCGAAGUACCAGCAGAAGGUGGAGAAUGUCAUCAGAGAGCUUCAUACAACCUUUCCUGCUGAUGGUUUGCUUCCCAUAUAUAUAAAUCCUCACACUGGCAUGUCUUCAUACUCUGUGAUUACCUUUGGUGCCAUGGGUGAUAGCUUUUAUGAGUAUUUACUUAAAGUUUGGAUUCAAGGGAACAAGACAGAAGCUGUAAAGCAUUACAGAGAAAUGUGGGAGACAUCAAUGAAAGGGCUGCAAAGCUUGGUUCGAAGAACAACACCUUCAUCCUUUACAUACUUAUGUGAGAAGAAUGGAAAUCACUUGUCUGACAAGAUGGAUGAAUUGGCCUGUUUUGCUCCUGGCAUGUUGGCCUUAGGAUCUUUUGGUUAUGGCACUGAUAAUGCUGAAAAAAUGUUAUUACUUGCAGAGGAGCUCGCAUGGACUUGUUAUAAUUUCUACCAGUCAACGCCUACAAAACUAUCUGGAGAGAACUAUUUCUUUCACGAUGGACAGGACAUGAAUGUUGGUACUUCAUGGAACAUUUUGAGGCCUGAAACGGUUGAGUCUCUCUUUUACCUUUGGCGUUUGACUGGCAACAAGACUUACCAAGAAUGGGGUUGGAAUAUUUUCCAAGCAUUUGAAAGGAACUCCCGCAUAGAUACAGGAUAUGUUGGACUGAAGGAUGUGAAUACAGGUGUCAAAGACAACAUGAUGCAGAGUUUUUUCCUCGCCGAGACACUUAAAUAUUUCUAUCUCCUGUUUUCGCCUCCUACUGUAAUCUCUUUGGAUGAGUGGGUGUUUAACACAGAAGCCCACCCUUUAAGAAUUGUCACUCGAGAUGAGAAUGUUCAGAUUGCUGUAGGACAAGGUUUACCAGUUCGGGUUCGUGGUAGGAAGGAGGGUCGUUUUGGACUCGAUUAAUCUACAUCCUCUCAAGAUUUUGGAUUAAGAUACAUUACUUUAUUCAGGAUAUGAUUAAUCUAUGACCCCUCGGCACUUUGGAUUACGACAUAUUGCCUUCUUUGUUGCAUGCUAGAGGCUUAGGCUUGAAUUCUGGAUUGCUCAAGUCUCCCAUCCGUAGCAAUGCUGAUGCUGCAACCAGGUAGUGGAUUCAUGUAAACUCUAAUCUAAAUAAUGAAUGAUGUGCUGUCCAGUGUUCUGCUUGAGGCGGAAACCGAUGCAAUAUCUUUCUAUUCAAAACAAAUAAGUAUGUAGCCUAGUAGAUAACUGUCACUUGCAGCUUAUUCGACACAUAUUAGAACGUAGCAUAGUUAGUGAUUUUUAUCAGUUAUUUUUAAUACGAACUCGCAGAUGUGGAGUCUGUAGAAAUGAUCUCGAAUAGUGAUUGUUGAAUGAAUUUAGGCUAAAGUGGCAAAUUGCCCCUUGAAGACGUCCAA